UCCGAUGAUAAUGAUCAAGUAGUUCAGGAAGUGGAAAACUUCUACCGGCUCUACAAAAGCGGCCGCGUUGAGCGUUUCUAUGACGUGCACGGCUUAUUCUACGUUCCACCAUCACCACAACACCCAUCAAAUGGCGUAUUUUCUAAAGACGUUACUAUCUCACCCCACGUCUCUGUUAGACUCUAUCUUCCGGAGAACAUUCCUAAUUCCCAAAAAAUCCCCGUGUUAGUAUAUUUCCACGGGGGCGGACUUGUCAUAGACUCCGCCUUCUUCAAUUUGCAUCACAAUUACGUCAAUUCUUUAGCUUCUGAGUUGAAAAUGGUUGCGGUUUCUGUAGAUUACCGGUUAGCCCCAGAAGUAGAUGUGCCUACAAUUUACGAAGAUUGUUGGACUGCACUUCAAUGGGUCGCUUCACAUGCUAAUGAAAAUUCGUACAAUAAAGACUCAUGGUUAACAAAUUUUUGUGAUUAUGGUAAAGUGUUUAUAGCCGGAGAUAGUGCUGGUGGCAAUUUAGUGUACCACAUGACUAUGAGGGCAGGCAAAGAAAACUUGAAUAAUGAUUUGAAAAUUACUGGAUCGAUUUUUGCUUAUCCUUAUUUUUUUUUCCCAAAUGUUGAAAUUGAUGAAGAGGGUUUGGCUAAUAAGGUUUGGGGAUAUAUUUGUCCACCAUUAGAGUGUGGGCUACUAUCCCCAAGGGAUAGUCCAUUAAUUAAUCCGCUUUCUAAAAAGGCCCCAUCUUUAUCGGGGCUAGGUUGUUCGAGGAUUUUGGUGUGUAUGGGAAAAGAAGAUGAUUUAAUUCCUUUAGGAAUUGGGGUUCGAUUUGUUGAAGGUGUGAAGGAGAGCGGAUGGGAUGGAGAAGUGGUGUAUCUUGAGUUUGAUGAUGGACAUGCCUUUCAGAUGUAUAAACCUGAAUGUGAUGAAGCUAAACGUAUGAUGAAGUGUUAUGCUGAUUUCAUCCAUCGCUAGUGCGUGGUAACAAUGAAAUAACAUACUACUUUUUUUCAGAGUAAUUGUAUUGGUAUUAUGUAUUAAGAUUAAUUUGUGUUGUUUUGUUUCAUAAGAAUUGUUUGGCUUUAUUAAUAAAAAAACGUAUUUAUUUUCUGUC